AUGCACAUAAAGUGGUCAAACGUGUCGGUGUGUGGUCUGGUUGUGAUGGUCUGGAUCUGCGACAAUGUGUCGCGCGUUGUGUCGGCCAAAGACUACUACCAGCUGUUGGGCGUCGGGAGAGACGCGACGGACCGCGAGAUCAAGAAGGCGUUCCGGAAGUUAGCCGUUGUCUAUCAUCCCGACAAGAAUAAGGCCAAAGACGCUGAGGACAAGUUCCGCGACAUCGCGAAGGCAUACGAAGUGCUGUCCGAUGCGGACAAACGCCGCCGAUAUGACCAGUUUGGCGAUGAGGGCGACGGCGCGGGCUCUGGUGGACAGCACUUCAAUUUCAACGACUUCUUCAAAGACUUUGACCAACACUUUAGCUUUCAUUCGCACGAAAACCAACGCCACAACAGCGCCGGCGGAGGCGGUGGUGGCCAUCACUUCGCCUCCGAUGACCAUCACUUCGGCGGCGGUCACCACAACAGAGGCCGACAACACUCUCACUCGCAGUUUGGCUUCAAUUUUGACGAUAUGUUUGACGACUUUGAUAGCGCGGAGUUCGGCUCGUCUUUUGGCGACUUCUUCGGCGGCCAUCACGAGAGCGCCGACUCGUUCGGUGACGGAGACUCGUUCUUCGGCGGCCAUCACAUGAACGGCAUUCGCAUGAAUUCGUUUCAGAGCCAAAGCAGUGGUGGCGGCGGCGGAGGUCACGGCCAGAAGUGUCAUACUGUGACCAAACGGACGGGCAAUUCGGUGAUGACAUAUACCCAGUGCUCAUAA